AUGUCUGAUUUACAAAAUAAACUAAAAAAAAUACAACAAGAUAAAUCAAAAGAUGAUAAACAAUUAGAAGCAGAGGAUAUUGAUGAAAUAAUAGAAUUUACACUGUCACAAAAACAUAACGAUAGAGAGACGUAUUAUAAGCCUAAUUAUUUAGAACAGAUUAUACCUGAUUGUUAUAAAAGUGUAAAAUUUGAUGAUAAAAAAUUUGAUUUGUACAACGAAGAAAUAUUAUUUUAUAUUUUUUAUACAUUUCCAAGUGAUGAAAUACAAAAGCUUGCUUUUUUAGCUCUUAUAAAAAAAGGUUUUUUAUAUUCUAAAUUUUAUAGAUGUUUUGUACUUUUUAAAGGCGAAAAACAAGUUGAUAAUUCGAAAAAUAUUUUAAAUAUGUUUGAUCCAUUUAAUUGGUCGAUGAUUAAGAGAGAGGUUGUUUAUGAUGAAAAAUUUAUUUUAUCUCUUGAAAGUAAAUUAUAA